AUGGGUGGUGAAACCUUCUUUGUUUUUCUUCUUGUACUGAUUUUACUCUAUAUGAAUCUUGCUUUCAGAUCAGUCACCACUACUACUUCAGGAUUCGGAGAUGUCAAAGUCAUGAGGUGCAUAGAUAGGGAGAGACGAGCUCUCCUCGAUUUCAAACGGGGCCUUGUAGAUGACUAUGGCCGUCUCUCUUCCUGGGGGAGUACUGACAAAAUAGACUGUUGCACAUGGGAAGGAGUCCACUGUAGCAACCGAACUGGUCACGUACUCAUUCUCGAUCUCCAUGGUCCGUCCGAUGAUGAUCCAAAUCAUUCUCAGCGUUUGAGUGGUCAAAAUAUCAGCUCUUCGUUGCUUGAAUUGCAACAUUUGAGUUACUUGGACCUUAGUUUCAAUAAUUUUCGCAGCAGUACAUUCCCGGAGUUCAUAAGUUCCCUCAGCCGAUUAAGGCACCUUAAUCUUGCUAUGAAUGGCAUUUACGGUAUGGUUCCUCAUCAACUUGGUAACCUAACAAACUUGCGAUAUCUCGAUCUCAGGGGUAAUCAUCUGAAUGGUACAAAACUUGAGUGGCUUUCUCAUAUUCGUCAUUUAAGAUACCUUGGCAUGAGUGGUGCUGACCUCAGUAAAGCAGUGGAUUGGCAACAAGCAAUAAACAAACUCCCUUUGCUCACAGAAUUGCAAUUGGUUUCUUGUCAACUCCCUCAAACCACCAUUCCACCCUCAUUUGAUCUCUUGCCCACCAAUUCUUCUUCUUCUAUGUCUCUUUCCGUCAUUGGUCUUUCUCGGAAUAAUCUGGUUUCUUCCUCAAUAUAUCAUUGGUUGUUUAACUUAAAUGCAAGCCUUGUUAGCAUUGACCUUUCUGAGAAUUAUCUAGGAGGUCCCAUUCCUGAUGCUUUUGGUUACAUGCAUUCCCUUGAAGAUGUCGAACUCACCGUAAAUUCUCUCGAUGGUGGGAUUCCAAAAUCUUUUGGAAAUUUAAGUCGCUUACAUUCAUUACAAUUAUCUCACAACAAUUUAAAUGAACAACUCCCCCAUAUACUUCAAAAUUUGAUGGGGGCAGAGAAUUCAUUAGAGAUCUUAAACCUGGAGCAGAACCAAAUUAGUGGUUCAUUGCCUGAUUUUACUAAAUUUUCGUCCUUGAAAGAAUUGUACCUUGGUGGUAAUACAUUGAAUGGGUCUUUUCCGGUAAGUUUUGGACGGAUUUCCAAUCUAGAUUUUCUGGAUGUGUCUUUUAAUCAGAUUUCGGGACCAUUGCCAGAUAUAUCAGUAUUUCCAUUGUUGAGAGAGUUAUAUCUUUCCUACAAUCGAUUACAAGGGAUGCUACCCAAAAGUAUCGGGCAACUUUCGAAGCUUGAAAUUUUUGAUGCCUCUUCAAAUUCGUUAGAAGGUAUAAUCUCCGAACCCCAUUUCUCAAAUCUCUCCAAUUUAAAGACAUUGAUAUUAUCUUAUAACUCAGUGGCUUUGGCCUUCAGUUCUGAUUGGACUCCUCCAUUUCAGUUGAAUGUUAUCGGAUUCAGUAAUUGCAGUAUGGGGCCUCAUUUCCCAAAAUGGCUUCGAACACAGAAUAAUUUUUCCCAGCUUGAUAUCUCUUGUAUUGGAAUUUCAGAUACAAUACCUGAUUGGUUUUGGGAUCUCUCCCCUAGAUUACUUUUCUUGAAUCUCUCUUACAAUCAGAUUAGUGGCAUCGUGCCCAAUUUAUCCUUGAGGCUUGUUUAUAUUUCGGUAAUAGACCUAAGCUCUAAUUGUUUUAAUGGUUCAAUACCAUCACUUCCUCCCAAUGUUAUGAUACUGAAUCUCUCCAAAAACAAGUUUUUGGGAUCAAUUUCCAGCUUAUGCGGCAGUCAUUUUUUCGGUGGCAGUCUGGACCUCUCAGAUAAUUUAUUAUCUGGAGAACUUCCUGAUUGUUGGACGAACAAUGCAUUUUUAAGCAUUCUCAACUUGGACAACAAUUAUUUCUCCGGGAAAAUUCCAAGCUCAAUAGGCAGUCUACGUUUUUUGAAGUCGUUGCACUUGCGCAACAACAAUUUUGUAGGGGAAUUGCCUUCAUCUUUGCAGGAGUGUACAGAGCUGAGAGUUAUUGAUUUGAGUGAAAAUAAGCUUACAGGAAAAGUACCACCAUGGAUAGGGGCACGCCUAAUAAACUUGAUCGUUCUUAGUCUUCGCUCGAACAAGUUUUCUGGAAGCAUACUGCCGGUUAUAUGUCAUCUUGACCAUAUUCAAAUCUUGGACCUCUCUCGAAAUAAUAUAUCAGGAAAUUUACCACGGUGCUUCAACAACUUUACUUCUUUGGUUCAAAAGAAUACUUUAAGUGGAACCAUUGAUUUUCAACUCAUACUUUAUCCUAGGUCAACCUCCGUCGUUCUUGGAAGCGGCUACAUGGAUAACGCAUUGGUUCAAUGGAAAGGACAAGAGUGGGAAUUCAAAAAGAAUUUGGGACGACUUAAAAACAUUGAUCUUUCUAGCAAUAAAUUAGUUGGGAGGAUUCCUGAAAACAUUGCAAGUCUCAAGGGAUUACUUUACUUCAACCUAUCGAGAAACCAUUUGACAGGAACUAUCAUUCAAAGGAUUGGUGACAUGGAGAUGUUAGAAUGUCUCGACUUGUCUAAGAACCAGCUUUCAGGUGAGAUUCCAACGGACUUUGCUCGUUUACAUUUUCUUAGUGUCUUGGACUUGGCAGACAACAACUUGUCGGGUAAAAUUCCAUCAAGCACUCAACUGCAGAGCUUUAAUGCCUCUUCAUAUGCUGGAAAUCCUGAUCUUUGUGGGCUUCCACUUCCUAAGUGCCAAGGAGAUGAAACAGCUGCUCGGGUUCCUGCCGUUACUGAUCAUGGCAUAGACAACAACUUUGAGGAAAAUCAGGACAAGUUGGUGACCUUUGGGUUUUAUGUAAGUAUGGUUCUUGGUUUCAUUCUUUCAUUCUGGGCAGUCUUUGGCACUUUACUGCUCAAAAGAUCAUGGCAACAUGCCUAUUUCCAAUUCUUGAAUGCCAUAAAAGACUGGAUCUACGUGACAACAGCCGUGUAUGCGGCAAGACUACAGAGGAAACUUACGAACUAUAUGUAGAAGCAGCAUACCUAUAGAAUAAGCUCGAGUUCCUCUUGAUGAUAAGUCCGUAUUACAUGAAGUUCCGGA